CCCAGACGUCGGUCGCACGCGCGCUACUGAUACGAAAUCUCAUAUCUCGUAUAAAAAGAGCGAACGCCGAAGGUGCACCACAUUAACUAUUUUUUUCUAACCGUAGAAGGACAUAUCGAUUUUUUUAAAGUGACAUAAUGUCCACCGACGUGGUCUUCAGACACAGUCAUGGUGAAGAUGAGACUCAGGAUGUUCUCGUCGCGAAGGGGGUAUCGAUGGCAGUAUUGUUUUGUGCCUCCAUGAUCUGUGGUAUCGCACCAUUGAUUAUAGCGAAGAAAUUCCAUUGGGUUACUGCUGAGGAGGCGGGGACGCUAAAAAGCACUAAUAGGAUUGUGAUGACACUCCUGUCUUUUGGAGGAGGAGUUCUUCUGUCUACAACCUUCAUGCAUCUGAUACCUGAAAUAGAACAUAAUAUAGGAUAUCUACAACAUAUUGGGCUCAUGAAUGACUUUGAAUUCUCGCUAUCGGCAUUGCUGACAUGCUGCGGUUUCUUCAUCAUGUACUUAGUAGAGGAGUUGGUUCAUAUGUACAUUCGCUAUCGCGAGAGAAAAAACGGUAAAAUGGCACCACUCGUGAGAAACCUGAGCGUGCGCAGGAGUAGAGCCGAGAACGCCGAGAGAAGCGUCACAAACUCAACAGCUGACCUCAUCGAUACAGGUUCAAUGAAAAAAGGGGAUCCGGAAGUAGAUCCUCACCACGGCCAUUCACAUAAUCAUAGUCACAUGCCAGCCGAACUUGGUGAUAACGUUACGUCAGCUCUGCGUGGGUUGCUUAUUGUCCUAGCCCUUUCCAUUCACGAAUUAUUCGAAGGUCUUGCUGUUGGCUUGGAAUCUAGCACUUCCAAUGUCUGGUACAUGCUGGGCGCCAUUUCAGCGCACAAGCUUGUUAUUGCUUUCUGCAUUGGUAUUGAACUUAUUGCCACCAAGACGAAGACUUGGCUCGCAGUAGUCUACAUCACUACUUUCGCCAUCGUAUCGCCUAUCGGUAUCGGCAUUGGCAUGCUACUGGUGGGUGGAGAAGGUGCAACCGCUGCUGGAGUAUACUCGGUGGUGUUGCAAGGCUUGGCGUCAGGUACAUUGCUGUACGUGAUAUUCUUCGAGAUAUGGAAAGGCGACAGGACAGGCAUGAUGCAAUUCGGCGCUGCGCUAAUUGGAUUCUUCCUAAUGUUCGGAUUGAAGUUGUUAAGUAAGUUUCAUUAUACUUCGUAAUACAUAAAAAAAGGAGUUGUGUAGGAAAGAUUAUUCGCAUGUCUAUCUAUCUACUAUGCGAUCGUUCAU